AUGGAGAAACCCACUUCAAAUUUCAAUCCAAGUCAAGAGAAUUUGAUAUGCUUAUAUCCAAGUAAACGCUGCGACAAUCCUCGUGGCAUCAAGCGGAAUGGCAAGCUCCACAACUUCUGCGAAUUCCACCGCAACAAGGCCAAUUACAACCAGCGUCGCCUUGAGCACAAGCGCAAGUACCAACAGGAGGUACGUCCUCUGGUGGACUCCCGUCCGAAAACACUGCUGCAAGGGAUAGUGGAUCCCAACGCAAUAGCUUCGCCUCCAACGACCCUCGAGCCCGACGACAUUUGGAUUCUACAAGAGCUACUGGACGUUGAGAAUGCGUCGAAUGAGAAUGCUGGUCACGCGAACUAAGAAUCAGGUAGAGCAGAGUAUCUCCUGCGCUUUUACAUUGUUCUAUGUGCGGACUAUGCUGUGAAAUAACUAGUUUGUAGGAGACUCCACAUGACCGGAGAUCCGGGGUAAAAAAAAACUGUGGUAUCAUCAAAGACAAGUGUUGAAUGGAACCCUUGCCUGAUGUUCAGUUGACAGAGUAUUAGAAAACGGAGGGCUAGUGU